UUAAUACCAUGUAGUAUUGACAAUAGAAAAUGAAGAACAUUUUGCUUUCGUCUUGAUUUUAUAACUGUUGUUUAGGUCGCUGAUCGCUCUAUUAUCCUUAAAAUCAAUAACAUUUUAUAAAAGAUUUUUAGUGUAAAACCGAGAAAGUGUUUGUCAAAUCAACUUUAAUUAAUAAUAUAAUGGUUUUAUUAUGAUCAAAUAAUUAAAAAAUAUAUCAAUGACACUUGUACAAAAUACAGUUAUAAUAACAGAGAGAAAAUCCCAAGAACAUCAAAUAUGUCUUGAAAUUAUGUACAUUUAAAUCAAAAACUCUUGACUUCUCGAAAAACUACUUUGUUUUGAAAAUAAUAGUAAUUGUAUGAUGUACAUUUGCAAAAAUGAUUGCUAUGGAAGUGAUGGAAUUAUUUACCGCUCUGGAAUCUAAUCAAGCACGCGAAGUAGAAGAUGUUAAACAUAAAUUCCAUGAACAAUUCAACAAUAUACGAGAGCCAUGGUUAUUGAAUGGAAUGUAUGAUUAUUUUAUGUCAACCGGAUCCCAGAGGGCAGUUGAAGUAUUAGUAGCUAUUAGAGAACCUCAUGACAAAUACCUUUUUGAUAGACUUGGUGAUGGUUUACGCGGUACAAGUCGUCUUCAAGCACUUACAUUACUUGGCCAUGUAGUGAAAAGACAGCCAACAUGGCUGUUCAAAAUUACAAAUCACCCCUUAAUUAAGGAUUUAAUAAGACUAUUAAAGGUUGAAAAUGAAAUAAUUACCAUAACCAGUGCAUUACUUGUCUUAAAUGUUUUACUUACUGUCAUUCCUGCAUUAAUUGCUUCAAGUUUACCUGAUAUUUUUGAAGGUUUUAGUCGUUUAGCUGCUUGGAAUACAUCAAAUAAGAACCGAGCUCCAGAAAUACAUUUAUUUCACCUUCAAAUAUCAUUAUAUGUACUAUUUGUCCAGCUGUAUAGCAUGUAUCCAUGCUCAUUUGUUUUAUUCCUAAAACAAGAGUAUAGUAAAAAGGAUAACCAAGUAGUUUUUAGCCAUACAAUAAAACCUAUGUUAGAAACUAUGCGUAUGCAUCCUAGUUUGGUAAUAAGCUCCAAGGACAUAGAGACAUCUACUGCUAGGUGGAAGAAAAUGGAGCAGCACGAUGUAGUUAUGGAAUGUACAAGAUACACAUUAAUGGAAAAUGGUGAUAGAAUUUAUCAAAACUCAUCAUCAUGGACAAAUGCUGAAUCAAAUUUUUCAUCUGCGCUUGGUAAAUUAAAAUCAAGUGUAGAAGCUGCUGGAGAUGUUACUAGUAUAAAUACAAAUUACACUAAAGGAACAGAAAUAUGGAGUCCGAUGUUACAUUGUGGUGAAUUUCAUAGUGAAUCUGCUCAAUCUAUACCCACCACUCCAAAUAUUCAGACCUAUUAUACUGCAAUUUUAAAUAACAGUGAAAAUUCACCACCUGAAGCAGCAAUAGAAGCAACACCAGAAACUACUCCUAUCAGGGACGUUAUAUACCAACAAUCCAGAAUGCCACCCAUAAACUCCACUGUAGUCAGAGCGCUGAAUUCAUUUGGUCUAGAAAACUUAUCUAGACGUAACUCGUUGACAUCAAACUCUCAACCUAGUUCGCCAUUGAAAAAAGAAGGGUUUGUUUUUCCCCCAGAAGGAAUUCAAUCACAGGCACUUGUCCGUAGAAUGGACAGAAUGCUAAUGGAACGUAAUCAGAUAACUGAGACUAAUAAAGAGGAAAAUACACGGUCCGAGUCUAAACCAAUUAAUUCUCAAAUUCAAUUGAUUAGUAGUCCAGAAAUUUUGCAGACUGGGGAUGAAGAUUUGGUUGAGUGUGAUCAACAAAGUAAUGGUUCACCAUGUCAGACUCAUAAGGGUGGCUUACAUAUGCCUGACUCUGCUUCGUUUAAGGAGUUUAUUUUUAGCGUUCGAACACGAAGACGUUAUCACAGUCAGUGUACACCUGAAAAAACCAUGUGCUUUAUUGGACAAAGUACUGGUAGUAGUCCUAAUGAAUGUUCUGAUUUUUCUUCUCUUAAUGUGAGACGAGCCAAUUCAUGUCCUGAAAUUAAAAAGACAAAUGGAAGUACUUUAUCAUCUAGUACUACUCCAUUACAAGAGGAAAGUGAAGAUGAUCAUGGCGACAAUAUUAAUAUUAGUAAUGGACACUCAUGUCUUCAUAGAAAAAAUAGUUGCAACACAGAAAAUAAGGUAACCAAAGCUCGUUCAAUUUCUACACAAACAGAAAAUAUUUUACCAUAUGAACAUUUGUUUUAUUGUUUGUUUCCAGCCUACAACGAUUCAAAUAAUUGCAAUAGGAAUCAUCAAUCUAGCCCACAUUUUCGGGAAGACGAAUCGUUGGGUUUGAUUGAAAAAUAUGUACGAACGUCUGCAAUAGUCCAAAAUCAUCGUCAAACUGCAGCUUCGUGUGAUGAUGUCAAACUGUUAAAGGAUCAAGUCUCCCUUUUAGUUUUGCAGUUACAGUUUGAACGCAAUCGUAGAGAAGUUCAUGCUGAACGUAAUCGAAGGCUAUUGGGAAAGUCGCGCACUAGUCGAGCACUUGAUGAACAUAAUUCUGCUUUGAAAGAUCAAGUUUUAAUGUUGCAAACUGAACUCGAAAAUGUUACUUCAGAGUUUGAAAAACAUAGGCAGUAUACAAGAAAUCAGAUUAAUGAACUCAAAGAUAGUGUAUCACAUUGGCAAACUGAAUGUUCUAUGUAUCAAGAGGAAACAAAAGAAGCUAACAAUAACUAUAAAGCAUUAGAGCAACUGUAUAACGGGGAGAGAAUAAAGACUUCGGAAGUUACCAAACAAUUAUCUGCUACUAAAGCAGAGUUAUUUAACACAGAGAGUGAACUCAAUAUAGUUCGAGCCGCUGCUGAUAAAAGUAAAGAACUUGAAAAUACCGUAACCAUUUUGCAGCGAGAACUUAAUAUUAGUGGUGAAAUUCAAUCUCGGCAACGUGACAUUGUGAGACAUGUAAAUUCUCUCAAACACGAUGCUACUAAAGCCAUGUUAAGUCAAAAUUCUUAUAAACACCACACAAUUAAGCUACAAGAAAAGUUGGACCGAAAAAUUGCUCAAUUAGAAGCUUCAAAUGCACGGAUAGUAGAACUUGAACUGAGGUUAAUGACUAAGGACACUUCUGUACAAAAUGAAAAACGAGAAAUAGAAAGGGUAAAAGAACAAUGUAAUAAACAAAUAGCAGGACUAGAAGAAGAAUGUAGGAUACUAAAAGAAAUGCAAUGCAGAUACCACGAGAGUAGGUUAGAAGAAAAAAGUAGAGAAGAAUGUGCUGAUGGACUCCUGAAAUUCAAUACCGACUUAGUGACAGUCACUGUAAAUUCUCCAAUUAGUAGUAAAGCUGCAGAAUUUAGACUAAAUAUGAUGAUGGCUAAAAAUGAUGACGAAAGUGAUGACAACCAAGAAACUGCAACAUCUUCUAAGUAAUGAAACCAAGUUAAAAUUAUAUAACUUUUUAAGUUCCUAUUUGAGUAUUACUUAAUCAGUUUUAAGUCAAGGGAUUUAAUAGGUAUUGGAGUUAUAUUCAUUUACCUAUAAAAUUUCUUUAAAAUAUAGUAUGACAACAAAUUUAUAUCAUUUACCAUCUCCUUAUCCAAAUUAGUUGCACAACUUUUGUUUUACCUCCUAAUAUUAUUGUUGAUAGAAAGAAAACGAUUAGUUUUUAAUUUUAUAAACUCACUAAUAAACAUCUACUGCUUUUUUCUGUAUUUAUCAAACUAUUUUUAAUGUAUAUUUUUUCGUCCAAAAACCCCCCAAUAGAAU